AUGUGCGAAAGCAAACACUGCAUUAAAAUCAUUGACCAGGUGCCUGUGAUCGACCCUACCACCAGUAAAUUCAUGCUGCGUUUGUACCUUCGUGUUUGCUGUGAAUUCCUCUCUUCAUUUCGUCUUCAAAGAACAAACAUGACCGGUCGUCAAGGUGGUAAAGCUAAGCCGCUUAAGCAACCAAAGAAGGGUGAGAAAGUUUUGGACGAAGAUGACGUGGAGUUCAAAAAGAAACAGAUGGAAGAGAAGAAGAAGCUGGCUGAACUGGCAGCUAAAGCUGGGCAAAAGGGACCCUUGAGUGGUGGUGGCAUCAAGAAAUCUGGAAAAAAGUGA